CCUUCGAUAAGAUCAUGGACCCAUCAUUGUUCCAAGUAAUCCAAAUCCAUGAGGCCACAUACCAUCGUCAGCCAAGCCCAUCAAAUCCAUCAUCGUCACCGUCAUCAUAAUCAUCAUGGCAAAGGCGAGCAGCGCUCUGUUCGCCAUCUCCAGCUCUGCCUCCGCGGGUUUCUCUCUCCUCCGUCGUGCCGAAUCUCUAAAACCCUUGGUCUCCCGCGCCAAAUUCUCGGUCCCUGUGGCCAUGUCCGCCACUGCCGACAAGGUGGUCCCCGCCGUGAUUGUCGGCGGCGGGCGUGUCGGAAGGGCGUUGCAGGAAAUGGGCAGUGGACAUGAUUUGCUGGUGAAGAGAGGAGAAUCUGUGCCUCUUGAUUUCGAUGGACCCAUUUUGGUUUGCACGAGGAACGAUGAUCUCGAUGCUGUUCUUGAUUCCACUCCUCAGUCUAGAUGGAAAGAUUUGAUAUUCUUCCAAAAUGGGAUGUUGGAGCCAUGGUUUGAGAGCAAAGGUCUGGGAGAAGCAGACCAAGUUCUGGCUUAUUUUGCUGUGUCAAAGCUCGGUGAGCCUCCCAUCGAUGGCAAGACCGACACUAACCCGGAAGGUCUGACCGCCUCUUAUGGAAAAUGGGCUUCAGCCGUUGCUGCCAGAUUGCACUCUGGUGGCCUCUCUUGCAAGGUUCUUGACAAAGAAGCAUUUCAGAAGCAAAUGCUGGAGAAGCUUAUAUGGAUAUGCGCAUUCAUGCUUGUUGGAGCUCGCCAUCCAGGUGCUACUGUGGGCGCCGUGGAGAAAGAAUACAGAGAUGAAGUCUCAAGCCUCAUCCAAGAACUAGCAGCAGCAGCAGAGGCGGCCAAAGGGUUAUCCUUUGAAGACGGGAUGGUGGAGAGACUAUGUGCUUAUUCCCGAGCUGUUGCCCAUUUUCCGACCGCUGUUAAGGAGUUCAAAUGGAGGAACGGUUGGUUUUAUUCGCUGUCAGAGAAGGCGAUUGCAGAAGGGAAACCCGAUCCAUGCCCCCUCCACACCGAAUGGCUUAAAGAGCUAAAAGUGAUAUAAACUGCGGCUAGAGCUGCUGUAAAGUUGGGAUCUUUGGUCAGAGAAGAAGCCAUCUGUUCCACCAAGAGUUUCUGAACUUCUGGUAGAUCGAUUAUUGAGUUCUGAUUCUUGGAGGUACCACGAGGCUUCUCAGAUCCGGUCAGGUCAAUGGUUGUGGCGGGCUCAGGCCUGUUGGCUGCAGUCGGGGCUGAAGCCAUCGCUAUAUAGCUCUUCGAGCCAGCGGUUGCUUCCAUCUGUGAAGGCAUUGGAUGGUUAUGCUCACCCUCAUAGGUUGCAACCAACACGGAUUGAUCCUCCAUGCUUCUCUGCACCUGAGAAACCAAAGAGAAACACAUUUAUAUUUGAGUUUAUCGUUAAGAGAUUGGAUUUUUGGAUUCGGGAUUUUUCCCAAAAGUUUGGAGUUUUUUUUAGCGAAUCA